AUGAGGUUCAACUUAUUCCUUAUAGCUCUAUCACAGAUCAUACCAUUCACACAGGCAAGAGUGUUAAAAGCAUCUUCAUUGGUGACUUGUAUGGAAAAUUCCCAAUUAUCAGCUACUUAUUUCGAUGUUCUUUUCAAACCUGAUGAUGGUUCUUUACAUUAUACAUUAGAUUUCACAUCUGAAAUUAGUGAUUAUAUUAUAGCUGAUUUAGAUGUUUAUGCUUAUGGUUUCAAGAUCAUUACAAGACAAAUUGAUCUUUGUUCUUUAGGUUGGAAACAAUUUUGUCCAUUAUUCCCAGGUCAAGUUGAAGUUGAUUCUAUUGAAUAUAUUUCUAAAGAAUAUAUUAAUCAAAUCCCUGGUAUUGCUUAUCAAGUUCCUGAUAUUGAUGCUUUUGCAAGAGUUAAAGUUAAAAAUUCAAAUGGUACUCAAGUUGCUUGUAUUCAAGCUUAUUUCACUAAUGGUCAUUCUGUUUCUCAAACUGGUGCUAAAUGGGCAACUGCUGUUAUUGCAGGUUUAGGUUUAUUAACAAGUGCUAUUGCUUCAGCUUUUGGUAAUUCAAAUGCUGCGUCUCAUGUUGGUGCUAAUGCUGUUUCUUUAUUCUUAUAUUUCCAAAGUAUUGUUGUUUUAUGUAUGCAACAUGUUGAUCAAGUCCCACCAAUUGCCUCAGCUUGGGCUGAAAAUUUAGCUUGGUCAAUGGGUUUAAUUAGAGUCACAUUUAUGCAAAGAAUCUUUAGAUGGUAUGUUCAAUCAACUGGUGGUACUCCAACUUUAAAUUUAACUUCCAAGACUAUUAAUAUCUUGGUUCAAAGAUCUGUUGAUUAUGUUAAAAGAGGUAUGGAUUUAUUGAAAAGAGAUAAACCAGUUGUUAUCUAUGGUAAUCAUAAUGUUUUAAUUUUCCGUGGUAUUAAAAGAUUAGCUUAUUUAGCAAAUAUUGAAACUACAAGUGUUGUUUGUACAGGUUUUACAUUUUUCAUUAUUUUUGGUUAUGUUCUUGUUGGUGUUAUUUUCAUUGUUAAAUAUGCAUCAGAAUUAUUUAUAAGAUUAGGUUGGAUUAAAUCAUAUAGAUUAAUUGACUUUAGACAAAAUUGGAAACAAAUUUUAAAAGGUUCAUUAUCAAGAUAUAUUUUCAUUGGGUUUACUCAAUUAAUGAUUUUAUCAUUAUGGGAAUUUGUUCAAAGAGAUUCACCUGCAGUUAUUGUAUUGGCUAUCUUGUUUUUAAUUUUAGCUUUAGGUAUCUUGGGUUGGUCAUGUUUUAGAGUUAUUUCAUUUGCUAAAAAAUCAAUUUCAAUUCAUAAAAAUCCUGCUGCAAUCUUGUAUGGUGAUGAUAAAAUCUUGGAUAAAUAUGGAUUUUUCUAUACAAUGUUUAAUGCUAAAAGAUAUUGGUGGGGUGCAGUUGUCUUGGGUCAUACUAUAAUUAAAGCUAUCUUUAUUGCAUUUUGUCAAGGUUCAGGUAAAACUUCUGCAAUGGUCUUUUGGAUUGUUGAUAUGGUUUAUUUAGGUUUAUUAAUUCAUUUUAAACCUUAUUUGAAUAGUCCAACAAAUAUUGUUAACAUUAUGAUUCAAACAGUUAUAACCAUAAAUUCAUUCUUAUUUGUCUUUUAUUCCAAUUUAUUUGGUCAACCAGCUGCAGUUGCUUCAGUUAUGGGUUGGGUUUUCUUUAUUUUAAAUGCUGCAUUUACUGUUAUUUUAUUAGUUUUAUUAUUAUUAGGUUGUGGUUUCAUCAUUUUCUCUAAAAAUCCAGAUACAAGAUUUAAACCUGCAAAAGAUGAUAGAGCUUCAUUCCAAAAAUUCAGUAAUCAUACUGCACAAAAGGGUCCAACUGCAGAAUUAAUGGCUUUAGGUAUUGCAGCAAAAGAUCAUAGUACUAAUUGGGAAAAUGAAUUACAAGAUAUGAAAAGAUCAACUUUAACAUCAACACAAAAUCAAUCAUCAUCAACUCAAGGUGAUGAAGAUUCAUCUGUACCAAUUGCUGAUAAUGAAAAAGAAACUUUUACAGGUAAAGUUGUACGUAAAUUAACUGGUGGGCGUUCAUUAAAGAGAAAUAAAUCACAAAAAAAAACAAAUGAAAAAAGAUUAUUAUCAGAUUCUUCUUAUUUACCAGAUCAUAAUAAUCAACAUAAUAAUAAUGAUGAAGAUGGAUUUGAUUUUGAUGAACAACAACCACCAUUACCUAAAGAACAAUUAGAGAAUUAUCAUCAAAAACAUGAAUCAAUAAGUUCUUUCAACCAUGUUAAUAAUAGAUUACAAAAUGAUGAUAUUACUCAAACAAAUGAUUUUAUUGGCGGAUCAAAUAAUCAAAGUGGUACAAAUUUAAAUCAUGUUCAAAGAUAUUCACAAGAUUCUGAUGAUGUUCCAUAUCGUAAAAUCUAA